GUGAUAUCCUAUUGCAUUGUCUCUAAACAGUGGCGUGCCUUCAUACCGAUGAGACCUCCUCCGCCUGCUCCUGGUCUCUGCUCCUGCGCCUGCAGCGCGUCUCGGCUCGUCUACACCAGCGAAAUGCUGAUCCGAGUCGUUUAAUUCGGUUUCUUUUCUUUUUUUAAACGGGGACGACAAUGUCCCAGAAGAGGGAAGUGAACUCUUGCCCGGACGGGUACAGGGUCCUGAGCACUAGUGAACUAAGGGAGCUUCUUCAAGAUGAAACAAAAAUGGACAAAAUCGUGCGCCUUAGUGAAAAGUUUCAGGAGCUGCAUGUGGAGAGGGACACCUUGCUUGCAACUAAUCGAAGUCUCGCAGAAGAAAGCCUUGCACAUCGACCCCGGCUACAGAACGGUAAACUUCAGUUGGCUGCUAAGUAUGAGGAACUCGCAAAGCUGGCCGCUUCCUACAGGGAAAAGCAAAGCCGACUUGAAACCCACACGCAGAAGCGGAGUCCACAGACUGCUCAGAACCUCCUACAAGAGGAGGUGGCACAUGUCGAGGAACAAUCUGAGGAGCUUCUGAAAAGAUUCAUGGAGGGUCAAGUUCCAAUGGAGGACUUCCUUGACUCCUUCCAGAGCUUCAGGAAGACAUAUCACAUCCGCCGGGCACAGGUUGAGAAGAUCCAGGAACUGAAAAGACCUGAGAGGAAGCCGAACCAGCGCUCUGAGAAGGAGGAGGAGGAAGAGCAGAAGAAAAAGGAUCAGGGGUCAAAGGAGCUCCGGCCAAAUGGUAUUACCUCCCAUGGGUCAGCACGUGUCUUCCAGGUGCGUUAUGGCCUGACGCCAGCCAUCCUGGUGCCCCUGUCUACGUCCUCAGCUCCAGCCGCUAGUUUGUCUCCUCUGGACUCAUGCCCUGGACAGAGGCAGGCUUUAGGGCAUAGUGCCCCUCAUUCGUGCCCUGGGCAACCCGUGGGCCUUAGAGUGAUAGGACAGUUACCCGGCUGGCCAGUCAGACCAGUGCGGUUACAGCAGCUCUAUAGGCCCAGUCCACAUCAGCAUGAACCUCCAUAUCGAUAACGUCCAAACACUGUGCAUCAGUAAUGUCUGACUUGAUCUGCUCUGAGACCUUUGGGUUAAUGUAAAAAAAAAAAAUUUCAUCGGUCAGCUCAAAGGUCGCUUUUAUCCGCCUGAAAGGGAGAUGAUUGGAAAGCCAUAAAAUGUCUCGUCUAUGUUGUGAACAAGCCAGUGGAUUACACAACUCCAGGGCGUUUCUGUCAAUGUUGCCUGUUUGUGUUGUUUUUGUUUUCUUCCUGUCCCUUUUGUCGGGAUAUGGCUGCUGCUUUUGUGAGGGAGUGAGAGUCAUUAAGACCCUAAUUUCUGACUGGAAGGACUUGUUUGAUGCCAAUGAUGUUCUGAGAAAUGCCAGGCUAAUGAUAUUGCCUUGUUAUGGUGAUGAUGAUGAUGAUCAAUAAAGUCGUAUUAUAAUGUUUAUUACAAACCACUA